GGCCCGGCGGUCCCCGGACUCCGCGCCCUGCUGCCGGCGCGCGCCUUCCUCUGCUCGCUCAAAGGCCGCCUCCUGCUGGCGGAGUCGAUUCUGUCCUUCAUCACCUUUAUCUGCUAUGUGGCAUCCUCAGCGUCCGCCUUCCUUACGGCGCCUCUCCUGGAGUUCCUGCUGGCCCUGUACUUCCUUUUUGCUGAUGCCAUGCAGCUGAACGACAAGUGGCAGGGCCUGUGCUGGCCCAUGAUGGACUUCCUGCGCUGUGUCACUGCUGCCCUCAUCUACUUCGCCAUCUCCAUCACUGCAGUCGCCAAAUAUUCGGAUGGGGCUUCCAAAGCAGCUGGAGUGUUUGGCUUCUUUGCCACCAUCGUGUUUGCAAUUAACUUUUACCUGAUCUUUAAUGAUGUAGCCAAAUUCCUCAAACAAGGGAACUCUGCAGAGGAGACCACGGCGCACAAGGCAGAAGAAGAAAGUUCAGACUCAGACUCGGAUUGAAGCCUGACCGCACCCUGGCAACCCAAGCCACAUGGCACCUCCACCCUGCACCUUCCUCACAGGGCUGGCUGGGAAUGCAGUGUUUGGGGAAUGGAGGCUGUGGCUUCUGGAGCAGCCGAGAGCUGCUGAUGCACGGGGCCUGCCUGCAGUCUCAAGGUUACACCUGAGCCCAUUGUACUGACUGGCCCUUGGCUUAGCACUGGUGGCACUGAGGGCACCCUGAGUCCCUUUUCUGUCCCCUAGACCUUAAGCCCUUUGACCGCUCUGCCAAAAACAAGCACAAGGAAACAAAGCCAACAGGGCCUUAUUAAAUAGCACCUGCUGCAGUAAGCAGUUCAUGCUGCAAAGUCAGGGUGUGGGGGGCAUCUGUGUUUCCCUAACAGGAACAAAUACAGACAGGAACUACCACAGGGCUGCCCCACCAGGUUCCUGUGGUCUUUGUCUGCACAUGGUGCUCCUGCUCAUGCCGGUCACUUUGUCAACAAGGACCCUUCCAAGAAGCUUUUGUUCAAGGAGCACCAGUUCCCUCUUCAUUCUUGAAGCAAGGAGAAAACUGACCUUUGCCUUAUCUAGGAGAGUGGGUCUCAGCACCCACAACUGACACCUCACGCCCUUGGAAACCAUGUCUUCUUCUAUUCAGAUGAUCAUUCUGGGUCUAAGACUGUGUCAAAGAAGAGCUAGCAUACUAGCUUCCCCGGACCAAAAGACAGAGGGUCCCACACAAUGAUGGAACAGUGACAGCAUUACAGGUAGCUGGGCGGGCCCAGCCAAGCCCUCUCUCUCCCUGAGGGCCGGCCAGCAGGUAAGAGCGUCCUGGCACCCUCAGGACAACGCACUUCUAGAAACCAGAGCAGGUCUCCUGGCCCCCUCAUGAGACAAGCCUUCUGUGUUCUCCUGACUUAUACUGUGUAUCUGUGAUGACUUUUUAUAGCUUUUGUAGCUUUUUAUACUUUUUUUAUACUAAAGCAGCUUCUUAACCAAUGGCAUUUUUUGUGACUCUAGGCCUCUUGAAUGAGCCAGAGUUCAGGACCCAUGUUCUGGGCAUUUGUAACCUUGUUCUCUUGCAUGUGAAUCUCCUACCCUUAAAAAAGCCAUAACAGAUUAAACCAG